AUGGAUCCGGGAAGGCAAUCAGGUGCUUGCGUGCCCGUGAGCAAUGGCACGACCAUCGACGUCGAGUUUAUCCGGCUGACGUGCUCGGACGCCCAGGGUGCGCUGGUGUACAUUAACUACCAUGCCUUCGUGAUCCGCAAGCCACGCGUCGAAAAGCGAUGUGCUGCCGCACGCCUACGCCGCCAUCCGCCAGAUGGAGCCAACGACAGCGACUUCGUUUCACCGGUGCAGAAGCGCGGCAAAUUUGCCACCUACAGCGUGCUGCUCGUGGGCGCUGAUUCGCUCUCGCGCAACAACAUGAAGCGCUCGCACAGCAAAACGGUCAAGUACCUGGAGAAUCGGAUGCAUGCCGUCUGGUUAAACGGCAUGAACGCAUUGGGCGAGAACACCUUAGAGAACAUCGUGCCACUGCUGACCGGGCAACACAUUCAGGAACUCAAAAAAGGGUGCUGGAAUGAUUUCUCCCAGUUCUGGGACAACUGCACUUUCCUCUGGAAGUUGUUCGCCAACGCGGGCUACCGCACCUUGUACGCCGAGGACAACGGGGUGAUAUCGACGUUCAACUACCUGAAGCCGGGAUUCAAGGAACAGCCCACAGACUACUACAUGAGGACGUUUCUCCUUCCCUUCGAAAUGGAGCUGGGUCAUUAUAAGGUGAGCUGCCUCUCGUCACCCUCCUCCUCUGCCUUUUUCCUCGCGCCCUCUUCGCUCUCACCCCUUUUUUCAUCCCCCGCUCCCCUGAACUGCUACCUCUGCGUGGCCCAGUCGCUGAUCGCUGAAGUGGUGUUGAACUUCACGCGCGACUUUGCCAUCACCUUCCACAACGAGCCGUACUUCGCCUUCACCUGGAUCAACGCGCUAACGCACGACUACGCCUCAACACGCUGGGGCGGGGACGAGAUCUUUCACAAGUUUUUCGAGUCGCUGUACGAGGGCGGCCACCUGAACAAAACCAUCGUGGUGUUCCUGAGCGACCACGGCAUGCGCUGGGGAAGCAUCCGUCGCACGUUCGCCGGACUGCUCGAGGGGCGCCUGCCGGGCUACCUGUGGUACCUGCCUCGAAGCCUCACCCGUCGCCACCCACGCCUCUUGCACGUGCUCAAGGAGAACGCGCACCGCCUGACCACGCCGCUCGAUGUGUACGCUACCCUGCGGGGCGUACUGGAAGACUUCAAGCUCCUCGACGCGCCCAGCACCGCGCCCUUCUUGCGGAAGACGCAGCGCAAGUACGACGGAAUUCGGAUGACGUCGCUGUUCACCCCGGUUCGCAUGAACAGGACAUGCGACGACACCGGCAUGGAGCAACAGUGGUGCUCGUGUCUCCGUCGGACACCCAUCUCAACGUCCUCGUGGCCAGUGCCUCAGGUGGCCGAAGCUGUUGUUCGCGAGAUAAACCGCAUAUUGGAACCGUACUCCCCACGAUGUGCUCGGCUUAGCCUACUGCAUGUUGACAACGCCUACGCUCAUGUCGUCGACGACCCUAAGGACAGCGUCAGCUUUACACCUUCGUGGACUGAGUGGCUCUUUUCUCUCGGUCAUGGUGAGAGCGACGUCCGGGAGCUCACCGUCAGCCUCGUGACGGUUCCGGGCGAGGCCGUGUUCGAGGCGACGGCACGCGUUUUCCGCGAUGUUGUCACCGUCAUCGGGGAAGUGUUGCGCAUCUCCCUAUACGGCAACAGCUCGCAUUGCGUGCCCACGAUGCCGUACCGCAAGUUCUGCUACUGCUUGCGGCCCACCUCCCCACCACCAUCGGAGUGA